AUGGGUCGAAUGACUGGAUUAAAAUGGGAUAAAACUAUUCAAUGCAGACCAGUACACAACAUAAUUUCGUCGGAUUUUCCUAAAUAUAAUCCUCAGCCAUGGAAAUUUAUGGAAGGACCAUCUCGUAUACAAUGGCUUUUGUCGUACGAGUACCACAGAAUGUGGCUGGAAGAGAGAGAAGCAUGGAAGAAGCGCAUGUAUCCUGAAAAUACUACUGUUAAUGUCGAUGUAGUUAAGCGCUAUGUUUUAACCUUUAAAACCAAUUAUCAGCCACCAAAACCUGAACAAAAGAAACCAUUCAAAAUAAAGAAAUUCGAAGGAAUAGCUAGUAGAACUACAAGCAAACGUCCCCGAGGUGAUAAAGCAAUUAUGUUCAAAAAAAUUAACAACCCGGCUUCCGAAGAUAAACCACAACAACAUCAUUAGAUUUUUUAAGGGUUAGUUUAUAUAAUCUGCCCAUUGGAGACCAUUUCAUUGAUUCAAAACUGUUGUGAAUUGCAACUAAAUUUGGAUCUAUAUUUCUUAGAGACACUUAAAAUUCAAUAUACUUCACUUAUUAUUUGCUUUUUACCGCUGGAUUGAACAUUAAUUAGGAGUAAUCGCGGCUGCUGCCACGAGAUAAACAUGCCAUAACAAUCCAUGUUUUAGGUGUGCCAUUGGCAUUUUAUAACAAGCAAAUACAAGUAACCGUUGUGUUAUAAAGAAUUGUCAAAUAAAAACAGUUUAAAUACAUGAGUGUUUAUUUAAGACAUGAUUUUACAUGAAUUUUUAUAUUGAAGUUUGUUAAUGCGAAAUUUAUAAAUUUAACAAGACUGGUGUUGUAAAUACGUAUCUAAUAAAUGUGGAAAUGUAA